CCUGCCCCUAGCUGAGGGAGCCCGGCGGGAAAGGGCGGGGUUGGUUUGAACCGUUGGUUGCAUUUUGGCUGGUCUCCUGGCAGCCGUGCCGGUUCCCCGACUCUCCUUGGAGCCCCGUUUCUCGGGGUCGCGUCGUUCAGCCCCACUGAAAUAAGGGGUGGGGGGAGAGGGAGGCGCAGGUUUGUGAGGCCUGUGUGGGGUUUAGGACACUCCCUCAGUUCACUGCACCCACCGCAGCCCCACUUCUGUGGCAUCUCCUUGCGGCAUCGCCCUUGUGUGUGGGGGUGUGUGUGUGGGGGGAAGUGGGGUUGUGCCAACCCCCCCUCUUUCUCUGACAGAGGGCGAACCUUUGCUCAAAGCCUCGACGUCGUGGACUGCGCGAGUUAUCCUUUUAAACACAUCUAUAUUCCGAUUGUUGAAUGAGCAGAAUGAGUGGUGAAGAAGAAAUUUGGGAGAAACUGGAUUCAGAAUUUGAUCACUAUGUUGUGGAUAUGAAGCCUUAUGUUUUGAAACUGCCUCACAAAUCAGAACGUCAGAGAUGUGCCCUUUGGAUCAAAAAGCUUUGUGAGCCUUCAGGUGCGGGCGCAGGUACUGUUGGUAGGAAGAACCGGAACUUGUAUGGAAAGCUGCUUCUGCAUAUGCUGAAGAGAGGAGUGCUGGAGGGCCCCUUUACACAGAAACCAGAAACAGGAACGUUGAAAACUCUUCCUUCGUACAUGUCUAUCUACUUUGAUGAACCAAAUUCAGCAAGAGUGUGGAGCAGCAGCCCAGACGGUUUACCUGAUUGGGUCAUGGGAGAGCUGGGACAAAGUGAUUCUAAAAUGGAUGAAUCCUGGAAAGUAUCUUGUAGAGAGGAGUCUGCUCUGGUAACCUCACCACUUGGACACAGGGAACAAUAUACAUAUAAUGGGAAGCGAGCACUAAAGUCCCGUUCUAUGAGUCCACUUCAUCUGCCAGAAGAGAACAACUUUACCUCAAAGACACCAGAGGAUCGGCACACACACAAAAUGUCUUUGGAUGACAGUGACCUUGAAGCUCGUCUCAACAGUUGGAAUCUUGGGCUUGAAAAUCCCAGAUAUUUACGUGAGAAACCUAUACCAUUGUCACUGAUGUCACCCAGGAUAGAUAUGAGGAAGCACAAUACUUCUCAAGAGGAACAGACAUUUUCCCGCAUGUUUGAAAAGGAGUUGGAGAUGAAAUCCAAACUAAUGGAAGCUAGAAUUCAAGAAGAAAAGCUUAAAUUACAGCAGAAGCAUGAUGGAGAUGUUCAGAAGAUUUUGGACAGAAAGAAUAAUGAAACUGAGGUACUGAAGACCUUGUACAAAACUAAGCAGAGUGAAGCUGAAGAGACCAUUCGAAAGCUUGAAAAAAAAGUUCAGACGCUUGUCCGUGAGUCACAAGUUGUUAGAGAAGCAAAGGAAAAGCAAAUUGCAGAACUAAAGAAGUUGUGUGAGCAAAGUACAGAUUCCUUGAACAAUGAAUGGGAGAAAAGGCUCCAUAAUGCCGUGGCUGAAAUGGAAAAGGAGAAGUUUGACCUUCAGAAAAAACACACGGAAAACAUCCAGGAAUUGCUGGAGGAUACAAAUGCACGACUAAGUAAAAUGGAAGCAGAAUACUUGGCACAAACCAAAUCAACUAACCAGAUGGUCAAAGAGCUGGAGGCCCGUGUCCACCAGUUGACUGUGGAAGCAGAAUCCAGUAAUUUGCAGCAUCAGAAGUUAUCUCAAGAAAAGACCAGUCUUGAGCAAGCCUACCAGGCUGUGUGUACAGAACUCGAAGAAGUCAAGGCAAGAUGCAACUCACUUCAGAAAGAAAAGGGGCAUAUUGUACAAGACUUUGAGCAGAACAUUCUCACUCUUCAAAGCAAAUAUGAUGAUGACAUAGAUUUGUUGAAACAGGAACAUGCUCUUUCUGCAGCGAAAGCAUCUGAUGUGAUUGAAGAAUUAGAACAGUGUGUGUCGCAAUUAAAACAACAGUUACUGGAAUCAGAACAUCAAAGGCAGCAACAGCUGAGGGAUCAAGAACAGACAUAUAUGCAGGAGAAACUUCAUUUAGAGAGAGAUCUUGAAAAGAAGAUGCAUGGGUUGCAGAAUGACUUUGAGAAGGAGAGGAAGGAUUCUCACAGGAGAAUACGAAAAAUGGAAGACAUGCUGAGGGAGAAGGAGGAGCAGCUGACUCGGGCGAUGGAGGUACAGAGGCUGCAUGCCCAGCAGGCUGAUGCUGCCCUGGAGGAGUUUAAGCGGCAGGUGGAGCUGAACUCAGAAAAAGUCUAUGCUGAAAUGAAAGAGCAGAUGGAAAGAGUGGAAGCAGAUCUAAGCAGAUCAAAAUCUCUCCGGGAAAAGCAGUCAAAAGAAUUCUCCUGGCAGCUUGAAGAGCUCAAGCAAAGAUAUGAACAACAGAUAGUAGAGCUGAAGCUGGAGCAUGAACAGGAGAAGACGCACCUAUUCCAGCAGAAUAACACAGAAAAGGAUUGCCUGGUCCGAGAACAUGAACGGGAAAUUGAGAAACUGGAAAAACAGCUCCGGGCUGCCAUGACAGAGUACGACAAUAAAACCCAAGAAUGCAGGAAGCGAGAUGUACAGAUCAUCUCUGAUAUGGAAGCCCAGAUCCACACACUGCGAGAAGAGCUCAUUCAAGUGAAUACACAGAGAAAACAGCAGCUAGUUGAACUUAGCCUUCUCAGAGAAGAAGAAAAACAAAAAACUGUUCGGGACCAUGAGACUGCCAUGAACAAGCUGAAAGCUGAGUCAGAAAAGAUGAUACUAGAUCUGCAAAAGACUAAAGCUACAGAAAUGGAGAUGGCGCUCGAAAAGGCCAACAGCAGGUUGAAGCAGAUUGAAAAGGAAUACUGUCAGAAGUUUGCCAAAUCUUCACAGAUCAUAGCUGAUCUUAAGACAACCAUUUCCUCUCUGACAGAGGAAAGAAACCAGCAGCAGCUUGCUGCAGAAAGGCGUCUGCAGGAUGUUUUACAAAAGUUUGAAGAUGAGAAGAAGCAGCUGAUUAGAGAUAAUGACAGAGCAAUCAAGGGCUUGCAGGAUGAAAUUGAAACCUACUGCAAUCAGGUCCACUCUGUUCAAAAGAAGUUACAGCACAGAGAUCUGGAGACUCAGGAACAGAUGACUUCUAUACGGCAGGAAUAUGAAACCAAACUCAAAGGUCUGAUGCCAGCAUCUGUGAGACAAGAACUUGAAGACACAAUUAUUUCGCUAAAAUCUCAGGUGAAUUUUCUGCAGAAAAGAGCAUCCAUCCUACAAGAGGAACUGAGCACAUACCGUACCAGAAGGUAACUGUUGGAGCUGACUGGUUUCUUCAGAGGACUUCUUUCAGCAGGUUUGAAGAUUUGGAUCUUGUGAAACUAAUCUGAGAGAUCAGUGGUUGUUUUGUUAAAUCAGACAAUGUAAUUAAGUUUCUGAAAGCACAUCCUUCAUUCAUAACAGUAUUUUAAGUUACCACUUAUUUGAAUUAUUUUAUCAUUAUAUUACAGAUUUUAAAGCUUUUGAUAUAUUGGAUAUCUAUAUAUGUCAAUAUACUUACUGAAAAACUUAAUUUUGUUUGCUCAUUUUGCUUUUGUUACUGGCUUCCUGCUGCAGUUUGUUCACUUUUACACAUGCUAAAAAUCACGUCCUUAUUAGAAUCAUCAUUAUUAUAGUGUCCAAAAUAUGUUAAAACAUAUAUGGCAUUAUUUUCAUGUUCACAUGUUAUGUAAUAUUAAAGUAUUUUUUGUAGAUUUUUGUUUCCACAUUAUUUCCAUUAUCAGUGACAUAUCAUUUACUGCAAGAAUAGCUGCAAUGGCUCCUUUCAUGUUUCUUAUCGUUAACUUCUUGUAAGAUUUUGUAUUUAGUAGAAUACACUUUUGUGGCUAUAUGGAAAGACUAUAUAAUUGUCCUGUUCAUUAGCUUGGCUAAUUGAUUGAACAAUAACUGCUUUCACUAGGGAUAAUAAGAAUCUCUCUUAGUCUGGAGUGCAUAACUUCUAAAUAAGUUGCUAUAGCAAAACACUGUAAGUGCAUUGUAAACUCUUGACAAGGAAACUUUUACACUGUUUUACAGGCAUUGGAAAAGUAUUUCCCUACAAUUCAGGUGUAAAUGUUAUAUGCCUUGAGCAGUUCCUUUAACAUUUAGCGUGGAUUUCCUGAUGGGUUUGGUAGGAAAUUGAAGCUAGCAAUAUGAAGCAAGCAAUAUGAAAUUACAAUGAAUUGUUUACAUCAAGAGUAGGCAAUCUGUUGCCUUGCUGGACUGCAAAAUGCGCCUACAUCAUCUUCCCUAUCACUGGCCAUGUUGGCUAGGACUAAUGGGAGUUGGAAUCCAACAACAUCUAGAGGGACCACAUUGACACUCCCUGCUUUGGGCAGCAUAUUAUUAUUAGUAGUAGUAGUAUUUAAGGAAGCACAUGCCUGGAGUGUGUUCCAACCUCCAAGUGAGGAAAGGCAGCAUUUGGUGAAAAGUAAGCCAUUUCAACCGAAAGGUUUCAAAGCUAAAUUCUUCUGUAAGUAACAAAAUUUUUUAUACAAAACGUUAUGUAAAAAACACCCUUGUUUUCUUUUUAUCUUUUUCUUUUUUGAAAUAAUAAUAAUAAUAAUAAUUAAAAGCAUCAUCAACUGAGAAGAGCACACACAUGUAUUUGCCAUUUAUCCCUUUGAAAUAUACAGAACUAGUGAUUAGGCAAGGAUUGGGGCCCUUGUUUCAUGUCUCUCAAUGCAAAUACCACAUGCUUGUUGCGCCUUGCAACUCGAGCAACGUUGUGCUUAAGUCCAAAAUGUUGCACAAUGAACUAUUCUGAAACAUUAGAUGAUAGGUUAGAAAUAAUAAUAAUAGUUUUGUGUAGGACUUUCAAGGUUCAAAGUGCUUUACAGGGACUCUGUAAGUCACUAUUAAUAUUCUCCAUUAUGCAGAUUGGGGUGGGGAAACUGAGGCUGAGAGUGGCUUGCCUAAGGCCAUCUAAGGCCAUGACAAAGGUGAGAUUCAAGCCUGGGAUUUCUGAUUGGUAUGCUGUUUUGCUGCUUUCAGGGUGUAUAUA